AAGAGUUCUUCGGGCUAGCUCAAUUCUUUCUUGCCUUCAUGAUCAACUCUGGUCUCAAACCAGAGGCCGAUUCCUUUAACAGUGCGAUACGAGUCGCGCUUCUUCACUCAGACCAACAGGCUGCUUUCGUGCACACCAAGUACAUCUUGGAAGAUAUGAUCAGCUCGCAAGUGAUAGCGGACGAGAACACGUUCAAGACCAUCCUCAAGGUCGUCAGCAACAUGGCGCAGCUCUCAGGACAGAGCAUGCGCGUCCUCUUCGAGCUCUGCUUCAAAGCUGGAUCGAGACCACACCACCGUCUCCUCGAGGAUGUCAUCCACACGUGGCUGGAGGACGCGAAGCAAAAGGAGGGCGUUGGCCUCUUCGUCCUCGGCAUCAAGUUCGAGAUCUUCACAUAUCAGAAGGCUCUCAAGCUUGAGGAGAACAUCCGCAACACUCUCUUAGAGAAUUACACCGAGAACUCCAAGCUUCUCCUUCAAGACCUCCAGGGCAUCCGUCAGUUCCUCCUCUCCAAGAACCCUCCCUUCUCCAUCGAUUCCCGGCAAUGACCUCGAAAGAAUUUUCAUUAGCGCAGGCUGCUAGCUUAGUAAAGCCCGGAGUCGCCCGG